ACUUCAUUUCGUCCUUUUCCUUCCUAUUAUUUGGUAUUAUUCGGAGGAGAAGUCUCUCUAUUCGGAGAGAGAGAGAGUUAUCUGCAGACACAAAACAACAUUUUUUUCGCUUGAGAUUUCUCUCCAUUAAUUUCCCAUCACCAUUACCCACCUUUAUUCAAGUACCGUUCUUUUGCUCUGCACCACCAGUCAGAGAUUCAGAGACUCAGAGACUCAGAAACCAACUACAUCCUCUGCUUCCAUGGCCUGUUCAAAUUUGCAGAACAAGCCUCAAAUGAGUGGAUUUCGGAACAAAAGAUGAAUCGGCGCGUCCCCGAUUUCGAAAUGGACUACGACUACUUACUUCCCACCACCUCUGCUCUGAACCGACCCAGAAAAUCAACCAUGCCGGAAGACGAUAUCAUGGAGCUGCUAUGGCAGAACGGCCAAGUCGUGAUGCAGAGCCAGAACCAGAGGUCUUCAGUCAAUAGUAAAAGAUCGCACCAGUCCAAAUACGACGUCGUAUUGCCCGACGACGGGGGCGGCAUCACCAGACCGACCCCCCAACCCCAACCCCAACCGCCGGCCCAGAACCAGCACCUGUUUAUGCAAGACGAUGAAAUGGCCUCAUGGCUUCAGUACCCUCUCGUCGACGACCCCUUCUCCGCCGGCCUCCUCUAUCCCGAUUCCAGCACCUCCGAGCACCGGACGCCCCAGGUUUCGGGGCCGGCGCCAGCUUCGAGGCCGCCGAUCCACCGGCCGAGGAGGACCGAGCUCCAGAACUUCCUGCAGUCCGACAGGACCAACAACAACAGGCCUAUGAUGUCGGAAACGGCGCCGUCAAGCUCGAAGAAGAGCGUGGUAAGGGAGACAACGACGGUGGUGGAUUCCAGCGACACUCCGCUGGUGGGCCCAAGCUCUAGGGCUUUGGAUUCUAGGCCCGACGGCGCUUGUGGCGGCUUGGCUAAUGGAGCGAGGUCGUUAACCGCUGCAACCGCUGCGACGUCGUUUCCUGGAAAAGAAGUGACCACGUGUGAGAUGUCGCUGACGUCGUCUCCAGGAGGCUCCAGCGCGAGCGCUAGUGAGAGCACCGAGCCGGAGUCGGCUCCCAAGCUGCCGCUGACUGCCGAUAACCGGAAGCGCCAGCGGAAAGGGAGAGAAGCCCCCGCCGCCGACGACACCGAGUUUCAAAGCAAGGAUGUCGAGUUUGAAUCUGGCAAUGGAAAGAAACAGGUCCGAGGAUCGACAUCAUCUACAAAGAGAUCGCGAGCUGCAGAGGUCCACAAUCUCUCCGAGAGGAGACGUCGAGAUAGAAUAAAUGAAAAGAUGAAGGCUUUACAAGAACUAAUACCUCGAUGCAACAAGUCGGACAAAGCAUCAAUGCUGGAUGAAGCAAUUGUGUACUUGAAAUCUCUCCAGUUACAAGUACAGAUGAUGUCCAUGGGAUACGGCAUGAUCCCUAUGAUGUUUCCUGGAGUUCAGCAGAUGAUGUCCGUGCCCAUGGGGAUGGGAAUUGGAAUGGGCAUGGGCAUGGGAAUGGAAAUGGCCGGCAUCAGUCGCCCAAUGAUGCCAUUUCCAAAUGUAAUAGCCGGUUCACCCAUGCCAACAGCAGCUGCUGCACAUAUGGGACCUAGGUUCCCUAUACCACCAUUUCACAUGCAGCCUAUUCCUGCAAGUGAUCCUACCGGAGUUCCAGCAGUCAACCAGACAGAUCAAAUGAUAAACUCGCUCGGGGCACAAAAUCCAAACCAAUCACACAUGCCAAAUUUUGCAGAUCCUUACCAGCAGUUUUUCAGUCCCCAACAGAUGCAGUUGCCACUGCAGCACAAGCAAGCAAUGCCCCAGCCAACUACUGGCAAGCCGAGUUCCAAUAGGAGACCUGAAACUCAUGAAAACCAUCAAUCAGGUUAAAGUUAUAGGUUGAAGUUGAAGAGUAGAUGGAUAACAGAAGGUUCAUAUACCUGCUAAGUUUUGUAGUCUAAAGCUCUGAGAGUAGCUUUUCUUUUUCUGCUCUCUUUUUUUUUUUUAGGCUAAACUGCCAUAUAACUAAAAGCUAACCUGUAACUAUUACAACCCCAAUUGUAAUAUAUUUUACCAGUUUCCGAUUUUGUCGCCGUCGGAACUGUAAAA